UCUAAAACUGGUGCACAAGUAGAUAUUUUAGAAGCAAACCAAAAGCACUACCAACUAUUUUACAGAAACAUUUGUUUGAUUGUUUCCUUUAUUAAUCAAAUAUUUUCAAAUCAAGAAAACAUUUCUGUACUAGAUACAGCUUGCAGAAAGAAUAGAUUAUGUUUAGAUUAUUUAGAUAGUUUAAUGUUUGUAUGUUUAGAUUAAGGUUCUCUAACAUCCUUCAAAAAGCAUCUAAAGACAGCUCUUCCGUGAACACUUCACCCAAUCCCUUUAGUCUUCUUUUUAAAAUAAAUAAAUAAAUAAAUAAUUCUUUCAUCCUCCUUGCUAGGGGUACUACGCUAAACAAUUUUGAAACUUGUAUUACAGCACUUGUGUUACUACUGCCUCCCUAGGAUGAUUCGCUUCUUUUGUUCUCCUCAUUUCUAUUUGUAAUCCCUCUCUUCUUCCAAGAAUUCAAUGGCAAACAGCUCACAAGUUGGGUACAACACCUCUUAUCUCUGCCAAACGUCAACCACAACUUUAGUCCUGCCCAUUGUGUACACCCUGAUGUUCAUCACUGGCCUUCCUGGCAAUGUUCUCUCUCUUUGGGUGUUCUUGUGGAGGAUAGCCAUCAAAACAUCCACCCACAUCUACCUGAUAAAUUUAAGCAUCUCAAACCUGUUGCUCUGCCUCACCAUGCCAUUCCUGGCUGUGUACUAUGCACUUGGAACCAUAUGGAACAAACACGAUGCUAUGUGCCAAGUAGCAAUAAACGGUCUAACUCCAGUGCUCCACAUCAACAUAUGCAUUGGUGUGAUGAUACUGAGCUGGGUGGCACUGAGUCGCUUUGCCUCACUGAUUCAGCAUUCCCAUGCUAACCGCCCAAGCAGGUGGCUCAAAGUCCUCCCUGGAGCCUUCCUCAAUAGAAAAAGACAUGCAAAAUUGGCAUAUGCAUUGUGUCUGAUCACCUGGGCUAUUGUUGCUCUAGCCGUCAUACCCUUUGUGGUGCUGUACUCGAUCAGGGAGUCUGUGAGCAAAGAGGACAAUGGAGAUGAAGUGUGUUACAGCGUAGCAGUGGAGAUUGGAGGAGCGGGAUCUCACAUCUUCGCUUUAGUGGCCGUUUCACUGUUCUUCAUGUUCUUCCUGUUGGUUUUAAUCUCCUACAUGGCAGUGAUCAGGCAUAUCUGGAGGUCCAAGAAAAGUGCAGCCAUUUCCGACAGCCAGAGAGUCUACACAAGAGUGUUUCGGAAUAUUGUUGUCAUUAAACUAGUGCUGGUGGUUUGUCUCUUGCCUCAUCACAUCUAUAAGGCAAUCUUUAUUCACAUGGUCAAUGAGCAGUCUCUGUCUGAAGCACUCCCAGCUGAUGUUUGCCAUCCACUAUCCAUGCAUGUGGAGGUAAAGAAUAUUCUCCUCUGUUUGGCAUCUCUGCGAUGUAGCACUGACCCCAUCAUGUAUUUCCUGCUGGACAAGAUGUUUCGAAAGCAUUCGCUAGGUUUGUUGAGAGUACGCACUAGCGCACAUGGGAGUCAGUCAUCAAAAUCCAAUGGAGGUCAAUACUCUCAGCCAACAACUGGGGGCCUUUAGACAUUACUUGCUGGUAUAUACUAUAAUGACACCAGGUUGUAUAGUCCAUUCAAAAGAAUUCUUGUAAACAAUGUUCCCUGUAAGAGGUGCACUUCUUCCACACAGACACAGGAAAAAUUCAGCACAGAAGGCAUGUGGAGGUAAAGAAUAUCCUCCUCUGUUUAGCAUCUCUGCGAUAUAGCACUGACCCCAUCAUGUAUUUCCUGCAUGAUGGGGUAAAAUUAACUUAAAAAUUUAUGUUAAUUUUGAACUUAAAACUUAAAAUAUUUCUUUUUUUUUCAUUCUUAUUUUGUUAGAUAUUACUCAAUUAAAUUUGAUGGAAUUAUUUUAUGAAAUUAAAAUGCAGAAAUCUUUAUAUAUGUAUAUAUAUCUUCAGGGGAAUUCCUAAACGAGCAUAUAGAGAACUUUAUUUCAGAUCAGAAAUACAGUACCCUACUCUCAAAUACAUAUAAUUUAUAGGCAAAAUGCAAAACAAAGAUAAUACUGAAUUUUUGCUAGCCUCCAGAAAACACAGAUAAACAUCUAAAAUGAUGCAUCACUGAGUCCUAACAGAAUCUUGCAGAAACUCAUGAGAACAAACAGCUAUGUUACUAUGCUUAUUAAAAGACUAUUUGUGUGGUUCAAACUGGUGUUAAACCACAUAACGAACAAGGCACAUUACACUACAGAAUGCAAGCAUCUGAAGCCUUCAUAUGAUGCAAGGUAAAGUGACAGCGUCACAAAUUUCUCCAAACAAUCUCCGAAUUCAGCUUCCUAGUGACAAUACUCAUCUUCAAUAAUCUAUAUACAGUAUACAGCAUUACAAAAGUAUACUUAAAGCAUUACAAAAUGCACUGUAAAUAUAGUACCCUACCUAUUUAUGGUUACACCUUUAUACAGAGAGUAUAAUGCAAAGAGAGUAUACUUUUUAAAUAUACAGCUAUGAACAAUCAUGUAAAUAUUUUCAUGUAUUUUAAUAAACACUGCUGCCAUUUAAUUAUACAGACGGCCUUUAAGUAAAGUGUUACCAAAAUUUCGAUGGGCUCAAUUGCAGCAAUGACCUUCUCUGACAAAGCCAGGCUCAGGUCAUGCUACUGCUUUACAGAAAAACAUUUCACACAGCCAGUGCUGAAAGUAUCACUUCCUUUACCUAUACUGAGUAUAAAUAGUUUGAGGGUUUUCAAUUAAAACCAUCAACAUAAAACAUAAUUUAAGAGUCUCUGACACACUGUGGCCAAUAACCGGUGGUGUAAGAUGCAGAAAUAUUUAAAAUGAUGCCAGGAGCUAUCCGAAGCAACACUUGCUGUUAAAAGGCAUUUCCCGUAAUGUUUAAAAAUAAGUGUUAAGUGACCUAUUUAUAAUUACAGGAAAUGCAUUUUUGCUGACAAACUGGGAAACUUCUACAAUUGCAGCUAAUUUCUGUGUGCAGCUGUACCAUUACUCCCUUUAAUUUAACUUUACACUCAUAUUCCUCUGUUUUGCCAGAGAUUAGAAGUGAUAUGAGUGCUGUGAAGAACAAUUCUCACAGUCCAGCAAUAACUGCACAAAACAGCUUCACUGAGCAAAGGCUCUGUUGAGAGAACCGCAAGGCUAUACUUUACAGUGACUAAUUUAGAUUUAAUUUUCAGAUAUAAAAAAAUGUUGAAAUCAAGAAACUGAAAUCUGCAGCUAUUUUUGUUGUCUAAAGCCAUAAGACAGCUUUGUGUGAGUAACAGUCCACAUUCAGCUUUCCCUUUGCCUUAGGUCUCAUAUCUCUUUUUACCAGUUGCAUUUGUCUUAUUUGCCGUGGUGUUAUCAUUCCAAUACCAUUUGGGGUCACUGACAUCAAAACAAAACGAAAAUAACUUCAAUGUAACAUAAAUAUGACAAUUUGAAUUGAAGUACUAAUGAAAUUUAAAAGCUCUUGUGGAGAAGUAGAUUAUCAGUGAAUAACAUCUUAAAUUUUGGUCUUCUUCUCACAGCUUCUUUUUUGGAGCUUGGCAGUAAAAACUUUCCACCAUCCACUUUCAUUGUAUAGAAAAGAGCAGCUUGGACAUUCUGCCUAAUAUCUAACUUUGUGUUUCCCAGAGAAAAAUAAUUCAGGGUUGGAAUGACAAAGGUGUGUAAAUGUUGAUAAAAUGUUAAUAUCUGGGUGAGUUAUUCUUUUAAAUCCUCAUUGUAAUUUUUUUUAAGCUGCCAUCCUCUAAUGCCUACACAACUGCAACAAAUUAAAAGAACUUGUCUUAAAAAUCGAUUUAAAUCUAACUAGCACAAACAGCUCUCAAACAUGUCAACAUGUAAAAAAACGGUUUGAUCAGCUUUGUUUGAGAAUGUUGCAGUUUGAAGCACUGGCAUAUCACUAA